AUGCAUUUGUCACUGUCGACUUCAGCGCUUCUCUUCGUCUCUCUGUAUUCAACAUUAAUUUCGGCGUACCGACCAGUUCAAUUUGUCAAACACACUGGCCAAAGUGGACGCGCCGACCAGGCAUUCUCCUUGGUCAACUAUUACAAUGAAACGACACAACAAUCCGAUCUCUAUGUCCGUAUGUGGAUGUUCCGAUAUAAGUCGUCAGCAAAUGGCUGGGCGUCGCUCGCGUUUGGUCCGAGAAUGAUUGGCUCGUUCAUGUUCAUCAUCUACGGCGAUCCCAGUAGUACCGAUGAUAUGGGUUUCACGAUUAGAACGGUCGAUGGCCAUCAUCCACCGCGACCACUGGAUGAGUUCAAGGAAUUCUACGAUGGCCCGCGCCCAGACGUCGAGUUGCUCUCGUCUCGCUUUCAACCCUACACUGGCGAAUACUACUCAGAACAAUACAAAAUGAAACCCUCGCAUAUUGGCGAAGCGAAAUUCAUUGUUCACGGUUAUGAGAAAUGGAAGAAGACGGAACUCGAAAUCACGAAUUCCACCACCAAGCAAGCCAUGAUCUGGUCGAGCAACUUCAAGCAGGACUUUCAGGGUGAUUUCUCGUUUGCAAGGCACGUCGACAUGCAUGCCUUUGGUCUAGGCUUCGGUUUCCUGUGGGCCGACUUCAAAAACGCCGUAAGCCCAUAUCCAUUUUUCGAGGAUAUCAACGAUCUCAAUGACCAUACUGGCGUCAACGAGAUUGCUGAUCCCAGCCCGCCAACGGCCGAGGAGUUGAAGAACGGAGAGGCCAUCAUCGCUAAACAAGCUGCUAUCUUCGCUGCCGGUGGAGCCGCCCCAGACACUGACUCCUCAAACGACACACCAGCAACACCUGAUGAAGCUGUGCCAGACACCGGAUCCUCAAAUGACACGCCCGCAGCCGAUGAUGGAACAGAGGUUGAGGAGCCCGUGAAAUCCCCCAAGCAAUGGAAUAUCCGCUCCCUCAUGUGGCAUCUCCACGGCGGACUCAUGGUCCUCUCCUUCCUGGUUCUCUACCCACUCGGAGUGUACCUGCUCCGCUCACCGCGGCCUACAGCCUUCAACCUGCACUGGACGGUGAACUCACUCAGCAGCGUCUCCGUGAGCAUCGCAGCGAUGAUCGGCUUCGUCAACUCGCGCUCCAUCUCCAUCACGCAUCAAUACCUCGGCAUCCUCCUGGUGUGUGCCCUCGCCGUGCAGACCGUCCUCGGCUGGCGCCACCACAUCAUCUACCUGCAGGUGCAGCGCCGCACGUGGAUGAGCAAUGUGCACCUCUGGCUCGGCCGCGUCGUGCUCCCGCUCGGCAUGCUCAACAUCAUCUCGGGCCUGCUGCUGCGCCAGUACGGCUGGCUGACCAUCUCGCUGACCAUUGCCGUCGCGGCCAUCGAGAUGCUCAUGCUGGUCUUCAUCAUUGCGCGCGCAAGGACCCACCGGCCCGGUGGCACGCAGAAGGGCCCGUCGGCCCCGACCGCCGACGAGGCCGAGGAGUAUUUCCAGCUGACGGGCGCGGAUGACGACGACGACGAUCUCAGUGAUGACGAUGUGGGAGGCAGUCAAGGCGGCGCCGCGAAGAAGACCCAGGAUCGUGCCGACCAGCAGAAGCGCCUGGCCCGUCUGGAUAAGGUGUGA